AUUCCGGAUUGUACAAGAACCGGAAAAUCAAAUAUAUUUGAAAUAUAAAAUUGUUGCAUCAAGUCAAUACUAUCCAAACGUUUUCUGAAUGAUUCCCACACCGUUAACCUCGAAUCUACCAUCUUGAAAGGAGGUCUGAAAUGAGCCGGAUUAUACGGUGACCGGUAAAGUGCAUGGUUCCUGCUUAGAGCAACUCCUUCUAAUCCAAACGUUAUACUAGGUGAAGUGAUAAAGUAACCAUGAAAACGUACAUUAGGCCGCAAAGAUCCUUUGUAGCUGGUAUCAUAUUUGGAAGUUUUGUAAUUGGUAUGUGUUAUUGCAUUUCCAGCUAUGCCUCACCUUUCAUGGAGUGUUCAAUAACCCAUGCCACAGCGGAAAUCAUCGAGCAAGACACGCUGCACGGCAGCCAUCUUGAAAGUGAGCGCAAUGGUUCUAAUUCUGCAGGCGUCGAGACGAACUUUCCUGAUAUAGACCUGACUACGAUGCAAUGUCCGACGAAGGACUCCGCCGUAGAUCCUAGCAUCCUUGCCCAGUUAGACUGUAAGAAGCGGCUUCCUCACGUCAUCGGGAUCGGGAUGGCAAAGUGCGGGACCGGAGCCCUGUCGUUCUUCCUGGCCAGCCACCCUUCUCUCGUCCAUUCUGUUCCCCAAGAGAUUUACUAUUGGAACAGGAAUAAAGAGAAGAGCCUCGAGUGGUACCGAGACCAGAUGCCAAUCUCCUCCAAACACCAGGUAACAAUGGAGAAAACGCCGUCGUACAUCUUUGAGAAAGACACGCCGGCGAGGAUCAAAGCGCUGAUGCCCGAGACCAAAUUCAUCGUCAUGAUCCGGGAUCCGAUUGUCCGAGCUGUGUCCGAUUACCUCCAUCAACAGCGUGUCGCACAUCCGAGGUUCUUUAUACCGCGGAUAGUUAAACCAGGCAAUGAACCGAAGACUUACCUCAAUACAACCUUUGAAGGAUCCGUCAUUAAACCGAAUGAUGAAGUCAACACGGAUAAUUCUAUCCUUUCGCACAGUGCAUACGUGGUAUAUCUUAAGAAAUGGAUUGAGCUUUUUCCUCGACGUCAGUUCCUCGUCAUAGAUGACGAUGAAUUUGUUAAGAAUCCUUUACCAGUCUUACAACAGGUCGAGUCUUUCUUAGGUAUUCCUAACUACUUCAGCGAAAAGAUCAUCUACUUUGACGAACAGAAAGGCUUCUUCUGCAUGUCGAGACGGCGCGGUUCGGGUACCGACUGCGCGGGAGCUACAAAAGGGAGACCUCAUCCAAACGUUGAUAAGGACGUCAUCAGGAGACUGAGAAGUUACUUCCGGCCCUACAAUACUCAACUAGAAAAUAUGUUGGGCAAGCGCUUUACAUGGAGUUAGAGGGCAGUCCAACCUUGGUAGCAAGUUGAGAAGCAA